GUAUCAGUUGUCUGCGAAGCGGUGCACAAAACGGACGUGUAAACGGAAGCCGCGCGAAAACGGUUCGGAAAUCGGAAUUGCGCCUGUACACGCAGCACAUAGGAAAUCCAAUCGAAUCGAAUCCGAAUCAAAUGCCUUAAUCGAAUUCGGUUAAAGCUCGCGUUUCGCGCUUACAAGUUUUUUUCGUUCACGGGCCAACGGAUUAUCCACUAUCUAAAAACUCGCUGCACGCUGCGGCGCAUGCGCGACCUGUCUGUGUUGGUGGCAUACUUCUAACGACACCACAGUGUUUCCUUUGUUCAAAAGUGCCCCGACUAAAGCCCCACUUUGAUAUGGCCAAGUGGCAACGAGAGCAGCAGUAGCAGCAAAACUGGAAAAGCCGCUAAAAUCAAUCACCUGUACGAGGAAGCCAUCAUGACGGCCAUGCCCGUAGUCUGGUGCACCGAUCCCAAUUCGGUGAACAACAAGCCCACUGCUUUUGCCCUGCACGGAAUCCAGUUGCAGGGCAAUGUUACCGAGAAGCAGGUCCAUGCCCUUCGUGAGCUGGUAAAUGCCGCCGCCGAGGGUCGUCUCAUCCUGCCCUCGGAUGGCACCUUCACGCUGCUGGACAGCGGACUCAGCAUCGAGAGCUCAAUUGUGGAGCAGGAGAGUGGCAGUUCAAUCAAUCCCGGUGAACCUGGUCAACUGGCUCAGGCAAAGAGUUCCAAGAACACGUACAUCCUAAUGCCUGUGAGCAAGGCGGAGGGUUCCAGGCAAGGAUCAGGUGGAGCCCUAACCGGAGGAGCAUCUGGACAGGCGAUUGCAGCCGCAGCCGCGCAACUGGAGUUCCUGCUGGAGCCAAAGUACUCGCCCACGCCCGAAACCAACCCAGAUGUGGAGGCCAAUGCCGAGGAGGCUGAGGGUGGGGCGGCCGGGGAGAUUCUGUACGAGUUCCUGUGCUGCGCCAAGUGCAUGAACGAGCAGCGGACCGGACGCACUUGCGCUGGGCGACGCCUGCAGCGGUAUUUGAGGACCUGCAGCAGUGGAAGUGGCAGUGCCAGUGGCAGAAACAGCGACUACGAGCCGGUCAACGACCCAGCUACGUGGCAGCUGCAACUGGAUCCUGUCAGCAGCAUUGCCAGCAAGUACGCCCGCCGACAGCAGCGACACAGGCAACACGGCACCGUCUCCAUGGGCAUUGCACGUAAUCGCACCCAUCGCCAUCACAAAUUACCCAUGCACAGUGUCAAAAUCUUUCAUAAUCGCAGCACUUACACGCCAGCGACCACAGCAACAGGAGCAAUGCCAAUAGCUGUGGGCGGAGGCCGAGAGGUGUCGACAGUUGCGAUGCCAAUGCCGAUUCCCAGUCCGAUUUCGAGUCCGAGUCCGAGCUCGAGCUCGAAUCCGAAUCCAAAUCCGAAUUCCAAGCCCAGCCCAGCGAAUAGAGCGAGCGUUGGCAGUGAAGCGUUUAGUUUGCUACCGACAGCGGCGCGAUCUACAUCGGUGAUAGAAACAACGACACUACUGACGAAUCCAGCGGCAGCAUUUCUGCCCCUCUACGCAGUGGUAAAUAAGAAUCGCGACUUGGCGAGCGGUGGCAAGACUGAGGAGGUAUCCGCAACAACCAUGCUGGCCGUGGUGCCCGAGGAACCGUCGCCACCAUCCGCCGACGGGCGCGAUCUGAUCAGCUUCGACGACGACCAGGCGCAAGUGGGUGUGGGGGAUGUGGGCCAGCAGGCGGGCACUGCUGUGGACCUGCUGAGCGCCCCCAAUGAGGAGGACAUCCUGUUGGCCCUGCUGGAGACGCCGCCCGACACUCCGCCCAAGCCCUGCUCCCCGGGCAGCAACAAUUCGAGCCGCAAGACCAGCUUUGACUCGACCAGCACCCUCAGCUCCAUGGACUCGGGCUUCAUGGAGAUGCAGAACAAAUUGGAAGCCCUGGCAGCAGCAGCUGCGGCGGCAGCGGCAACAUCCACUGGCGAAGCAGCAACAUCUUCGCCGAGCGGCGAGAAAAUCGAGCGACGCAACUACAAGGAAUGUCUGACGCAGUCGCGGAAUCGCCGAAAAUCCUACGAGGAGUUCAAAGCCAUGUUUGUUGAACCCGCAGCGGAGGCAACAAUGCCAGCGACCAUGCCACCGACGGUGGCAACAGCGGCGGAUGACGCAACAGCAGCCAGCAACACUGUGAUCCCACUUUCCUCCAUUUCAGAACAAGAAACCACAGGCAGCCCGGGUGCGAGAGGCAAACCGGAUUGCGCAAACGAGUUUGCCGCCAGUGCCGAUGAAAUGGAUACCGGCGACGGUGACAGCGAUGGUGAAAAAGGCGCUGCUGCCGAAGGCGAUCUAACAACAACAGCAGCAGCAACAGCAACAACAACCGCAGCAGCAGCAGCAACAGCAGCAACACCUUUAGUCAGCAGCACCACCACAGAGGCGAUGCGAAAGAAUUCGGAUUUUCUAUCGCAGAUUCUCGAUCAUCAAUUUGCGGCCAAGGAGCGAGCCAAGGCGCACAAGCGUCGCACUUCGUACGAGGAAUUUAAGCGUCUGGUUAACGAAAUUGAGCCGCUGGAAUGCCCGGACACCCCGCCACUCGCAUCGUCUGUGGUCGCACCCACAGCCUCAGCAGCGGUAGCAACAUCGCCGCUAAAGCGUCAGAAUUCGCGGCAGCGUAAGAGCUUUGCCAGCUACUUUCUGCCGCGCCGGCACUCGACCAAAGAACAAAAGACUGACAAGGAGAACUGCGCCCGGGAUCUGAAUGUGCCGGAGCAGCAGCUGGCGGUGUAUAGCAAGGUGCCGGCGUCGCAAAGGAAUAGCGGAAGCGAAACCUCCAGCUCCCAUUGCAGGCGCAAUUUCAAGAUCUACGACAAGCUGGUGUAUGGGACCAUCUAUGAUAUCAUCCAGCGAAAGAAUGAGAUCUACCAGAAGUACGACAAGUACAUGACCUACGGCACCAUCUAUGAGAUCCUGCACCGCAAGUCCUCGCAGGGCGGCGACAGGUGGCAGCGCAAGAGCCUCAGCUCGAUCCUGGAGGGCACUCGGUCCUCGGGAGAUGUCAUCUACGACAUUGUCCAGCGGCGGGAGCGCGAGAAGCAGCGUCAGCAGCGCGCCUUGGAGUCCCAAACAUCGCCCACCACAUCCGUGAUUAGUUCCCACAAAUAUGGAACCAUCUAUGACAUCCUGCAGGGCGAGAAAUUGGAUGCGAGCCAUGCCAGCAGCAAGCCAGAAACCAAGCAAAUGGCCAGUGGUGGCAAACCAACGCGAUUCGUCGUUAGCCAAGUGGAGGAGCCCGUUCAGACACCUUCGGUGGAUCAGCCGGAUGCGAGUGUCGCGGAUCCGGGAGCUGCAAAGUCCAGCAAACCGAACAAGAUGCGCCGCCUCUCACACAUCCUUAGCUACAGCCGAAACAGUGGCGAAGAUCAGCAGGAUGCGGCUGGAAAGGAGGAGGCCAAGCAGAAGCGCACCCAGGCCAAGCGGCGGAUCGGGGUGACCAACCUGUUGCUACCUCUGGACUCUGAGGAACUCUAUACCCGCAUCAUUGCCCAGCAGCGAAGGCUCGAAAAGGAGGAGCGUGACCAGGACGCGGAGGCGGAAAGUGGCAGUGAGCCGGAACUGAGACCGCGCAACGCGUUGACCAAGUCCAGCUCGCUGGAUGCCAUCUCCCUGUCGGUGGCCAUUUCGCCCGCAUCCUCGCCCUCACCCCCGCGUCCCCGUCGCAGCCUAAAGCAGCACCGCUGCCUCCAGCAGCGCCAGCAAAUUCCCCUUGCCAAGAAGCACUCUCUGGACAACUGCCUUCAGAUGGCAUCGGCGGUACCCAGUCGGCAGCCCCUUCGUCGCUGGUCCAACCAGACUCCACUGAAGUGCACGUGCCAACACGCUCCCGAAGAGCUUCCGCUGACCGCCAAUGAGAAAUCCCGCUCGCUGCCCACCGCCUGCUCCACCCCCUGCGCCCAUACGUGUGCACACUCAAGUUCAAUCGAUCAUAGCCCGGCCACAACAAAGUCCUUCGGCAAAACAUCAACGACGACGACGGCCAAGAAAGGCAAAUCGCGUCGACUUUCAGAAUUUACGCGCGGUGAAUUUUUAAAUGAAAAAUCUUGGUACUUCCGCAAAAUCAAACGCAUUGAGGCUGAGAAAAAACUUCUACUGCCAGAGAACGAGCACGGUGCAUUUUUAAUUCGAGAUUCCGAGAGCCGUCACAACGACUAUUCGCUAUCAGUGCGCGAUGGCGAUACAGUUAAGCACUAUCGCAUCAGACAAUUGGACGAAGGCGGUUUCUUCAUUGCCAGACGCACGACUUUCAGAACUCUCCAGGAGCUGGUCGAACAUUAUUCCAAGGACUCGGAUGGCCUGUGCGUCAACCUCUGCAAGCCGUGUGUCCAGAUCGAGAAGCCUGUCACCGAGGGACUCUCGCAUCGCACUCGCGAUCAGUGGGAGAUCGACAGAACAUCCCUCAAGUUCGUGCGCAAACUGGGCUCUGGACAGUUCGGCGAUGUCUGGGAGGGAUUGUGGAACAACACGACACCUGUGGCCAUUAAAACUCUGAAAUCUGGCACAAUGGAUCCCAAGGACUUCUUAGCGGAAGCCCAGAUCAUGAAGAAACUGCGCCACACCAAGCUCAUACAGCUGUAUGCGGUCUGCACUGUGGAGGAGCCCAUCUACAUUAUCACAGAGUUGAUGAAGCACGGUUCACUGCUGGAAUAUCUCCAAGCCAUUGCAGGCAAGGGUCGUAGCCUCAAAAUGCAAACACUGAUUGAUAUGGCGGCGCAAAUAGCUGCUGGCAUGGCCUACUUGGAGUCCCAGAAUUACAUUCACAGAGAUUUGGCGGCGCGUAAUGUGCUCGUUGGCGAUGGUAACAUCGUCAAGAUUGCCGAUUUUGGCUUGGCCAGGCUCAUUAAGGAGGACGAGUACGAGGCUCGAGUGGGCGCCCGCUUCCCCAUCAAAUGGACUGCUCCCGAGGCGGCCAACUACAGCAAGUUCUCAAUCAAAUCCGAUGUCUGGAGCUUCGGUAUUCUACUCACAGAGCUGGUCACAUACGGACGCAUACCAUAUCCAGGCAUGACCAACGCCGAGGUCCUAACACAAGUGGAGCACGGCUACCGCAUGCCGCAACCGCCCAACUGCGAGCCGCGCCUCUACGAGAUUAUGCUGGAGUGUUGGCACAAGGACCCGAUGCGCAGACCCACGUUCGAGACGCUCCAGUGGAAACUCGAGGACUUCUACACAUCCGAUCAGAGCGACUACAAGGAGGCGCAGGCCUACUGAUAAAUGCUUCACCGAGUCACGGACGCGGCCAGCAGCCGUGACGAGAAGCCAGACAGCUGCAAAUAAUCGCGGGGCAUCCCAAAACGGACAAUUCUUACUAAGUUACUUACUUGAGUUUUGCAUAGAUUUUCUACUGUUGCACACCCUGGCCAUGGGCCCUCGUUGGGUGCUCUUGGGUGUGCUCGUCUAGGUGACUCCAUACGAUACGAUUCAUGUUAUUAGCGUUUAAGCUAACAAAUAGUGGCUAAGGUGGAAUGCAAUUUCAAAGAACGUUCCGUUGGGACAUUCGUUUUUUGUUGUUUAUUAUGACAAACAUAUUGAUACUUUGUCGAAAUGAUACGUUCUGACACCCUUGUCGUACUUUUCGGUUAAUAUAUCACAUGUAUUAUUAUUCAUAUAACGCAUAUAGCAUAUACAUACGCGCAUACACACUUAUAUAUAUAUGAACACUUAUAUAUAGAUAUACAACCGUAUAGUCAGAUGUAUGCCGAUGACCCUCCAUUAUUCAAAUAUGCAAGCACAUACUUCCCCCACCCUAUUUUUCUUUAGUCGAUAGGCCAAUCUGAGAACGAUAUUUGCAGCACACAAAUAUAAACGAAUGUUUCGCUUUAGUUAAUUCAUUACAUACGUGUCUUACCCAACUCUCACUGAACAUUAUCAACGACAUUAUAUGCUUUAUCACAAAUAGAAAAAGUAAAAAAAGCAACACAAACGCCAAUCAUCAAGUGCUAGCUAGCGCGCAACAGCAAAAAUCCAUAUGAUUAAUUUUUUUAGAUUUUAAUUGUAAUUUGUAACCAUUAAUAAUAUUCAGCUUAUGAUUAAAACACAUACACAUAUACGAAAAACAUGUACAUUUAGAACCAAGAAAAUAAAUUUCUUCAUAAUUUAUAAAUCUAAAAACCAAGCAUAAAAUUCUAUGAAAUUGAAUUCGCAUGUCAGCUCUCUACUUAAUGUUACGCCCUUGUAGUGGCUGAUAAAACCUUAUAAAAGCAGCGAAAGAGCCAACGUUGGAAGGUUCUGUGCGUUGAGACAGUCAAAUAUUUCCAAGAUGUUCCAUCAUGUUUAAGUCAUAAUGAUGUCAAUCAAAAGGUUUUUUCUUUAAUGGAAUAAAAAAAAGUCAGAAAUUCACUAAAGGUAUCCUUGCAAAGUCAAAGGUAUCCUUGCAGAAUAAAUUAAAAUUGGUUUGGUUUUUGAUUUUGAUAGUUGCUAAAGUUCUACGAAUAUUGAAUGAUAAAAGUACAAAAAGAGCGUUUCAAACUUUUUUAAUGUUGGCGAAUUUGAAAAUGGCUUAAGAAGGGAAUUGUUUAAGAACCAAUUCUCUUCUCUGCCAUGGACAAUUGCCUUUUCAUAAUUCAAAAUAUAGUAGACGACUAUGUGCAAUAGAUGUUUUCGUAGGACCGAUCGUACCAAGUUAUUAGAUUGGCUAAUUAAUUUUCCUUAGGGCUUGAUGAGUGUAAAUGCUAAAGAUGUCCAACCUGUGCUUUUUUGUCACAUUUCAUUGCUUUGGUGAGUAUGCUUAUAGGAGAGAGCGACGGGCAAUUCUAUUCUUCCAGAAAGCUAAUACAUUUUAACCAUUUUGAAUGAAUAAUCAACCCACAUUUACUCUGAAGAAUGCAUUAAACGAAGGCUGAUUUUAUUAAUGUAUGCUAACCUUAGAAUGAGUUUUAUGUAGUCUGUAAAAAGUACUCUAAAAUCUGACUUUGAAUCUAUAUCUGUACUAAAAUGCACAAAGUAUUCAAGUAUGUUUUUAUAGAGGCGUAAUGCCACCCAAGCAACUUUAAUCAAAACAUACCGAGUUCACCGAACCUCUCGUUUUAUUUAUCCAAUUUGGUGCGCCAUACGACAUAAGAAUGGUGAUUAAUGCAUGGAUCACUUAGACUUUGCAAUUUAUUUAACUUAAAAACACUGUCAUAUUUAAUAUGUAAAGAAAUUAUAUUGAGCAAAUAGUAACCAUGUAUAACGAUCGAUUUCAACAUCUAAUUAAAGAAGACGGAUCCCACGCGGAUCUAUCUUCCAAUCCAAGUAAUAUAGAAACUAAGAAUAUAUGCUAACCCCAACUGACGAUAUAUGAAUAAAGUAAAAUAAUUAUUUUUAAAA